AUGCUUCGUUGCCGAGAUAUCCAUCGCACAUAUUACCGCUCGGCCGCUGGCGGUGCCGCCCUCAUCGACAUAUGUAAUACAGACGAAUGCGACAUCAUAAACAAUGAAGACAUCUUAAACAGAGUACGCGUUCAUCAGCCCAACUUUAUAGACAUUUUGAACAACUACGCACAAAACUUAAUGGAUAAUAUUCAGAACGAACGUUACUUGCCGCGCUAUUUAGAAAUUGGUCGACGCAACAUGCAGCGCCUUAUAAACGAAACCGCUAACGAAAAUAUCGACGACGAGGACGGUGUCAAUGACGACGACUACAACGACAACGACAACGACAAUGACAACGACAACGGUAACGACGAGGAGGAUAACAACGACGACGAGGAUGAGGAGGAGGAUGACGACGACGAUGAUGAGGAGGAGGAUGAGGAGGAGGAUAAGGAGGAGGAUGACGACGACGACGAGGAGGAGGAGGAGGAGGAGGAGGAGGAAGUGGAUGACGACGGUGACAACAAAAAUCAGAGGAAGGAAUUGUUAAAAGCUUUUUCGAUCGAAUCAUGCAAUUUGUACGAGAAAGUGAACAAUAUCAUGUUACCUUGGAUGCGUUCCGAGGAUCCGUCUGUGCGCAUGAAAAUAUGCGAAAUGAUUUCUAUGCUGGUUCAGAAUCCAUACUGUCUAAAAAAGUACAUGGAAAAUACAGAUCGCCUUAAAGAAUUGAUGUCUAUGGUGGAAAAUGAUAAUAAUGAUGAAGUGCGUGUCAAGGCACUAGUUGCGAUUACCAAUCUUGCUCGUCAAAACGUACAUGUGUUUUGGCAAUUCAUUGAACUUGGAGGUAAAGAUUUGAUUUUCAAUUCAUUGAAAUCACCCAUUGAUGAAUUGAAGAUUAAAGCGGUAUUACUCAUUUGCUUAACCUGUCAUUUGAGUGAUGCUAUAAUGGCACUGUAUCUUGAGAAUGAAGUCAUUGAGAUUGUUAGUUCAAUAAUCAUGGAUAUGGAAAAUAAUGUUGAAUCAUUGCAUCACGAGUUGUUUUCAUCAUUAGUGAAACAAAUGAACCGUGCAAUACCAGGCAGCGGAGAGGAUAUUUGUUAUUGGAUGACGAGUUUCAAUGAACUAUUUACACCAAAAUAUCAGGAUGAAAAGGAUCAAAUUUUGAGGCACAUUUCAUUUCAUUUAUUUUAUUCUAUUAUAAGGGUUACUACAUGUACUUUAGAUGAUGAUGAUUAA